GACGAUGGCAACCGUUUAGUACGUUCAAUCGGCUCGCCCGGCCGAGUCCUGCGCCGCCGCCGCCGCCGCCAGAUCCGCGACUUCAACCGCCGAUGCCGCCGCCACCCGCACGCCGAGUAAACGCGAUACGCCACCGACGCUCGUUGUUCACCCCACGAUCAACUGUCCCCCACCCCGCCCCCCGAACGACUUGCCCACCACCGACUGGGUACGUACCUCGUGUGUCCUCGCCGCAGCCGGGUCCGCCGCCAAACGGCCGCCGGGAGCACCGACGCCACCACCGUUGCGCCACCACACGGCAAUGAUCGCGCCGCCCGGAACUAUGCGCCAGAUGUGUAAAUCGUAAUGCGAAGAUGGUGUGUUCCGAAUGUCCAAUGGUCCCAGUUGGUAUUGUGCGUGACUGUGCUGUUCCUGCUGGGCGGCCUGCACAUUUACAGAGGCCCCAACGGCGGGCAGCUGCAGGCUUUGGACGAAGUGGUCGACGACGAGGACACGUCCGGUUCCACCCGAACGACUCAAGACGAUCGGGCGUACAGGAGACUCAGGUUUCCGAAAACCAGCAGACGAUUGCCUCAGGCUAUCAUUAUCGGUGUGCGGAAAGGCGGCACGCGGGCGUUGUUGGAGAUGUUGUUCCUGCACAAGUCUGUGCAAAAGGCCAACGGCGAAGUGCACUUUUUCGACCGGGACGACAACUACGAACGUGGUCUGGACUGGUACAGAAGGCGGAUGCCGUACUCGUUCCCCAACCAAAUCACCAUUGAAAAGAGCCCCAGCUAUUUCGUGACACCGGAGGUACCGGAACGCAUCAAGGCGAUGAAUUCGAGCAUUAAACUGCUGCUCAUCCUCAGGGAUCCUGUGAUCAGAGCCAUAUCAGAUUACACGCAGUUGCACAGCAACCCCUUGGCGAACCGUAGCAGUCGAUCGUUCGAGCAGCUGGUGGUGAAGCCGGAUGGCACGGUUAACACCAACUACCGGCCGGUGGCCGUGUCCACUUACCAUAACCACGUUUACCGGUGGCUGGACGUGUUCCCCAGGGACCAGUUGUUCGUGGUCAACGGUGACCGGCUCAUCACCAACCCCGUGUCCGAGUUGAAUCGCAUCGAGACGUUCCUGGGCCUUGAGCAUAGAAUAAGCGCCGAAAACUUCUACUUCAACCGUACCAAAGGAUUCUACUGUCUGCGGUACGGGCCUGUAGACAAGUGCCUGAAGGAGACCAAGGGCCGGAAACACCCAGAAAUCCAGCCGGCGGUCGUGGCAAAGCUCCGCGAACACUUCGGUCAGCACAAUCAGAAGCUGUAUGACGUAUUGGGACAGGACUUUGGGUGGCCGGAAAAGUAACGAAUGAUUUUAGUGGUGUUUUGGGGAAAGGGACGAAUGUGGAUGUCACGAUGACACCGUUUUUAUUAAUUUUUUUUUUAAUGUUUUUCGUUAUUUUGGAGUUUUGUAUACAGGGAUACUAUAUAAUAUAAUAUAUAUUUAUACAUAUAUUUAUAACAUUAUAAAUAUUACUAUAACGUCACAACAUAAUGAUAUGUACUGACCGCGGCUAUAUUGUGUGCCGAGCGCUUCGCUUUAUGUACUAGACUUAAAGUGUGCGCUCGAUUUGUUCUUUUUAUCACAUGAAACGAAACGUUUGAACACUGCCAUGCUCAUACUACCUGCACAGUGCAUAUUAUAUUAUAAUAUAUGCAUAUAAAAUAUAUAUUAUAUUGAGAGCAAGAAAUAGCGAACGACAGGAAUGGUAGGAGUACGCCGUGCGAGCUUAAAUCGUUUUCCUUCAAAACCACGCCAUAUAUUUAUUUUGUGAAAUGGUUAUAUUUCAGAAAAGAAAGUAUUUCGAUAUCACGAUGAUAAUAUUAUUAUUGUAGCGUUUGAGGUGACCUACGAACCGGUUGGUUUCGGAAAUGCUCGUAAUAAACCACAUAACCUAAUCUGAAGUAUAAUAGGACCUUAUAAUAGAACCACCAUAACACGGAAUUUAAAAUAAAAUUAAUCACAUUAGGAUUUUUCCGUUUAUAAUACAAACAGAAUACUAUUCAAGUAUAUUGAAUUGAUCAAAAUAAUAUGAAUAAUAUGAUACUAAAAAAACGAUAAUUUUUUUUUUCAUUUUAAGCGCAUGUGGUUUUUACUUUUUACGUGCAAUGCUAUUCAUUCCACCACAACGCGACUACAAUAAAUUAUGGCAAUAAUAAUAAAAAUUAAAAUGUAAAGUAUGUUAUGCAUUUUUUUUCCAUAACAUUCAAAAAAUAUAUUAUAUGGUGCUCGAUCGACAUCGUACCUUUUCGACAUUGCUAUCUGCAAUAUUUCUUCGUCGUCUUUCGUUUGAAUCUGCUAUGAGUCUUCGUUUCUUUACUAAUAACAUGAGUCACGGAUAUGAAUGAUUUCACCGAAGUCAAUAAUAAACAUUGAACAUAUCAAAAUAGAUUUUUUUUACACUCUCGAUGGUUUUUGCAGCAUUACAUAAAAUCGACCGACAUAUCAAAUUAUAUUGUGUACAUUUAAUAAUAACAUAGUAUUCUCUCAUACACCCACGCAUAAGAUUAGUUUGUUAUUUUGUUAUUUAUUUAUUUUUUUGUUUCUUUUUAAAAUAAUUUUCAAUCUUAAUGUUAUGAAAUGUUUUUAACAUUAUUUAUUUCAUUUUUCAUGACCGAUUUACGAUUAACUAUCAACUAAAUUCCCGUCUAUUGUACACUACUGUAUACUUUUCCCAUAAACAUAAUUAUACAGGUGUUAGCCAAUAAGCCAUAAAUUUAACAUAUUACCUAUAUUAUGUUUCUCUAUUAUUGCCGUUUGUUUGAACGUUGUUUAAAUAUUAUAAAUUAUAAUUGUAGUGAAGACACAACUGCUUCAAUAACGAUCUUCAGAUUAUUCCAUCAUACGUUUCAGACGUGCAAUAUUCAUAGAUUAUUUAACAUAAUUAUAUAGUUUCGUUAAUAGACUGUCAAAGUCGUUAUAUUAUGGCCAAAAGAAAAAUUACCAUCCCCAGUCGCGAUAUUACCAUAGAAAAAAGCGUUUGUUCAGUUGAUCGUAGUCGGUGUGAAAAAAAAAUAAUAAAAACCACUUACGUACCUAAAAGCGUUUUAAAUAGUACAAAUGUAUGAAGAACAAAUAUAAUAUAUCAAUACAUGUUCCACAUAUUCUCCUCUGGUUACCAAUAGGUAUAUAAUUUUCAAAGUUAAAUCUACUUAAUAUUAUAGAUGAGAGGUACCAAGCAUAAUAAUAUUAUCAUAGUGCAUUAUUAUUACUUACCUACUACUUUUACAUAUUUAAAACUUUCAAUGAGCAAUAAUGACUUUCUUUUCAAAAUGGUUGAUUAAUUAUUUACUUACAUAUUGUUAUAAAUAGGAAAAUUAUUACGUUAUGUUAUAGUAUAUAUUUAUAUAUGUAUUUAUAUGUUCGUUACGAUUAUUAUUAUUAUUAUAAUUAUUGUUCUUUAAAAAAAACAAAAAAAAAAAACAAUGAUCAUAUCAAUUAUAGACUUUUUUCGUGUAUAUCUAAUAAGUCGUUUGUAAUAUUAUAUUUUAAGUAACUUAAAACAUAUCAAUGUUUGGAACGUAGCAUAAUUAUUAUUAUUAUAUUAUGAUUAAGAGAAAUUUUAAAUUGUAUUUGUAUUAUCGCCGUAUAAAAAAUAAGGGGACAAAAGUCGUAAGGAACUGUGUGUCAUUUUUUCGAUGUCGUUUACAGUUAUAUAAAUACGUCGACCGUCUUUAUUAUUAUUUUAUAUAUCAAUACAACUUUACUAAUAUUAAAAAAUAAAUGUAAAUGAUUUUUCUAGAUUUACUACCAACGCGAUUGCGUCUUAAGCUUCAUCGCUGUCACACAGAAAUCCUAGCGACACGUGGUCUUAUCUCAUAUUUGUAUGUUUCGUAAUCCGUGAAGGUUAGGUACAACGUAUACAUAUCAUAUCACAUUUAAUAUUAUAUUGUAACAUAUACAUAUCAUAUAAUAUACCAAUACCGUGAAAACUAUUUGGAUUGAAAAAAACAAUGUUUACCAAACGAAUACAUAUCAUUUUUAUUAAGUAGCGUUUAAUAUUAUAUAACUUAUGAUUGUAUUUGUAUUUGAUGUACUUUUUUUACCGUUAUCGUAUAAUAAUUUAUUGUUAAGUCGAUCAUUGUAUAGGUAUUUUUUUUUUUUAGAAUUGCAAUGUACAUUUGCGGUACCACAGGUGACUCGGAGAGCAAUAUUAUGCAUAUCAAUAUUAUUAUUUAUUAUUAUAUUGUGACAACUGGACAACUGAAUAUACUGAUCCCGAGAAAUAACUAUACCGCUCAUAAUAAUAUUUUACAAUUCAAUCAAUGAAAUUUACAAAAAAAAAAAAUAAGUAAAUAAAUGAAGGUAAAUCGUAUAAAUAUAAACACUUUAAAUUAUAAAUAUGUAUAGACUACAAUAUGACUAUAUCAUAAUCAUAUAGUGCCUGUUAAUAAAUCGAAUUUUGAAUAUUUAUUUUAGUCUGAAUCAUAUAACUCUCUGUGACUACGCGAAAUCGUAUAUGUAAAAACCAAAAAUAGUAUACCUAUAUAAUUUAAAUGCCAAAUGACCAAACGAUAAGUUUUCUCAAAUUGAAAAAUUGGAAUCAAUGCAGAUAUUUUAAAUGUAUUGAAAAAAUUCAAGAUAAAAACGUCCAAAAUUACAAAUACCUACUACAGGAUGAAUCUCCAAACAACUAUGUACCAUGCAGCAGUGAGUAAUACUGACCCGCUGAUUAUAGCGAAUAAUCAAAAAAUAAACUAUUCGUUUUAUUUUUCUGAUAAAUUAUGAUACUGAUAUUACAGUUAUAUUUUUUAAUUUAGGGAAAAAAUACAUUAUACUAAAUUUAAAUAGUAUUCGUCAGACUUUUCUAGACAAUUGUACAAGUAUAAUAAUUUAACAAUCGAAUAAUAUACAAAAUUUAAAAUCCGACCUCCCCCCCGGAACUUCAGCAACCGGUUGUCCAGUCGUCGUUAAAAUGAUGAUGAUAUUAUUAUUAUAUCGUAACGAAACCCAAAAGCAAACCAUUUUGCCACCGCUUCUAGUCCAUCGCGGCGACACUUUAGUCUCGCGAGUGAUCGUUAGCCUCCGCGGUCAGCUUUCGUACCGCGAUCAUAAUAUUAUAGGCGCAUCUCGAGUGUUUAUAUUAUAAUAUAUAGUAGCACGUUUACGAUUUUUAGACUGUAUACAUAUCAAUAUUAUAAUAUUAUUUACAUAAUUUUAUAUUAUCAUCGCGUGAACAAUACGAUUUGUUCCAACUGUAGCACAAUAUUGUUAUUGUAUUAUUAUUUUUUUCGUACAAAAUCGUUUUCUAGUCAUAUUGUAUAAUAAUAUUAUUAUUAAGUGUUGCUGUUUGUUUGUUUGUUUUUUUUUUUUUUUUUACUCUAUCUCUCUCUCUCUCUCUCUCUCUUUCUCUCUCUUCUACGUACCUACAUAUUAUUAUUAAUAUAAUGAUGACAAUAUAAUUAAUAUUAUACACGUGACUAUAUGUAUCGCACGUUUUAAAAUGAUAUUCGUCUCCGGACGUUUGUCUGCGCCACGGCAAUAAGCAUAAUACAAACAGUACUUAUUGUCGCAUUCUUACGUAACGCGUGUAAUAUAUAAUUAAGAUUGUCGUUGUAUCGUUGUUAUUAUUUUAUACGACGACGUCGGCCGUCGGUCGGCGGGCGCACUGUGCUGAUCCCUCGCCGGAUGAAAUCGACGGAUUUCGAACGUCUCCGGACGGUAGCCGAUUGUCGCGUGUCCUGCCGCCGCCGGUCGACUGCAGUCAUUAUAUUAUUAUUAUUAUAAGAUAGUAUAAUAUUAUUAUUAUUAUUAUUAUUAUUAUUAUAUAAUAAAUCGUUCCGGUCCCGAGCACUUUUUGGCCGGGUCGGACACCGUUUUAAAAAAUA